AUGAGGAACCCUGUGAGCAGCCAAUAUAGCUCUUUCCUUUUCUGGAGGAUGCCCAUUCCUGAACUGGACCUGUCCAAGUUGGAGGGCCUGGGACUGCUGGACAUGUCCACUUAUAAGACCCGAGGCAACAACAGCAGAAAAAUGUCUGAAGAGGAGCCAAGUGAAGCUGGGCAGAAGAACUGUCCUGAAGGUGAUGCCCUACUUGAGUACAGCACCUUCAACUUCUGGAGAGCCCCUAUUGCAGGCAUCCACUCCUUUGAGUUGGACUUGAUUUAA